AUGGAGUCUUUGUCAGUAGUGAUUUCAUCAAGUCUAGAAUUGCAUCAAGAGGAAGCAUUACUAUAUCUCCUCAGAAUGCACAAAAAAGCUAUAGGAUGGUCCAUCUCUAACCUACAUGGCAUUAGCCCCCUCACCUGCACCCAUAGGAUAUUCUUAGAGGAAAAAGCAAAACCUGUAAGGCAAAUGCAAAGGCAUUUGAACCCGAACAUGAAAGAAGUUGUCCGGGGAAAGGUUCUUAAACUGUUAGAUGCAAGUAUCAUCUACCCCAUCUCAGAUUCCAAAUGGGUCAGUCCGACUCAAGUUGUACCUAAGAAGUCAGGAAUCACUGUGGUAGAAAAUGAGAACAAUGAGCUCAUCCCUACUCGCAUCCAGACUGGAUGGCGUAUGUGCAUUGAUUAUAGGAAGCUCAACUCCGUGACGAGGAAGGAUCAUUUUUCGCUUCCAUUUCUAGAUCAGGACUUAGAGAGAAUAGCGGGACAUGCCUUCUACUGCUUCUUGGAUGGGUACUCUGGGUAUAAUCAAAUUGAAAUCGCAUUAGAGGAUCAGGAGAAGACCACAUUCACUUGUCCAUUCAGGACAUUUGCUUAUAGACGAAUGCCAUUCGGUCUGUGCAAUGCCCCUGCAACAUUUCAAAGAUGCGUGAUGAGCAUCUUCAGUGAAUUGGUAGAGAAUGUGGUGGAAGUUUUCAUGGAUGCCUUCUCAGUGUAUGGAGACAGGCGCUUUAUUGCUUCAUUUAGUGCCAUAGCCAGACCUUUAUGUCGCCUUUUAGCCCUAGACAUGCCCUCUGAGUGGACCAUAUCAUAUUGCCCCCACGGGCGUAGCAUGGAUGGUUCACAGGGUAGAAGAUUGCACCCAAGGAUGCAGGUUCGAGUCAUGGUAGCCGCAGUGUUAGAGUUUCAUCCUCUUUUGGGGGUGGCUCCUUGUGGGUACUAUGCACUGUGCCUCCUACCUUGGGGGCCACCGUGUACUGCACAACAAGAUCGGAAUGAUAACUUGAUGCUAAGAGUCGAGAAUGAAAGACUGAAGAAUGAGAAUUUGCAGCUACAAGUUGCCAUACAAGCAUUGAUAUGCCCAAACUGCAAUAAUAUGGGUUACGAUGAACAACUUCGACUUGAGAAUGUGCAACUCAAAAUAGAGUUACAAAGAGUGGGUUGCUUUGGCAUAACAUCAAGCCAGCAUAUUCAAACAGUGGAAGCAACAGAAGCGAUGGCCCCUUCGCUUCCUCCUUCCUCGACAAUUCUUUUCCGGGAGCAACAAAUAGACAACUUCAGGGACGUGAUCAACCAAGCCCCUUUGGUAACAAAAAACUUCUCCCAAUUCGUUGGCAACUGUCUGUUUGUGGAAGGCAACAAAUCCUUUGUUUUGGGCCUUGCAAUGUCAUCCAUGGAGGAACUGAUGAAGAUGUGUCAGGCAACUGAACCUCUUUGGAUUAGAUUUGAGGGUAGCAAAAAAGAAGUGUUGAAUGGUGAAGAGCAUGCGAGGAUGUUUCAAUGGCCAUUGAAGUUUCAGCAAGAUAGAGGCAAUGAGUUUAUUGUGGAAGCCUCUCGACACACUGCUGUUGUCGCCAUCAGUAGCUUCAUGUUGGUUGAUGCUUUCCUCGAUGUCAAGAAGUGGGUGAAGCUCUUCCCCUCCAUUGUCUCUAGAGCAACAACUCUUCAAGUGGUCAAUUCAGGCAUUUUGGGACAUGCAAGUGGCUCCCUUCAUCUUAUGUACGCAGAGCUACAAUUUCCAUCUCCUCUAGUUCCUACAAGAGAGACUCUAUUUCUUCGUUAUUGCCAACUAAACAAGGAGGAGGGGACUUGGGUUAUUGUUGAUUUUCCAUUUGAAAGCAUGGAUGGAAGUUGCCAACCUUCCUCCCCUAGAUACAAGAGAAGACCUUCUGGUUGCAUCAUCAAAGACUUGUCAAAUGGAUGCUCUAAGGUUACAUGGGUAGAACAAGCAGAGGUUGAGUACACACCAAUCCAUAAGAUUUUUUACCUUUUCUUCAAUAGCGGAAGGGCAUUUGAAGCUCAACAUUGGCUAGCUGUCUUGCAAAGACAAUCUGAGAGGCUUGCAAGUCUUGUGGCUACUAAUGUAUCAAAUCUUGGAGGGAUGCAAAUAACCGAAGCAAGGAAGAAACUGAUGAAUCUUGCAGGGAGGAUGACAAAAACAUUCUUUGUGAAUAUGAGCAGUUCUUGUGGUCAAACUUGGAUGGCCCUUUCGGAUUGUGCUGAUGACACUAUUAGAAUCACCACGAGAAGUAUCACGGAGCCUUGCCAGCCCAUUGGUUUGAUUCUCGCUAUUGCAUCCACUUCUUGGCUUCCAUAUUCACCUUUUCUCGCUUUCAAUCUAGUCAAAGAUGAGCACUGUAGGGCUCUGCAGCUAGAUGUUCUUUCAAAUGUGACUUCUUUGCAAGAGGUGGUUCACAUUGCUAGUGGCUCACAUCCAGGAAAUUGUGUCUCUCUUUUUCGCAUUAAUGUAAGUAUGCAUACAUUCCUUUUGAGUCUUGUGAGUAUGGAAUUCAUUCUACAAGAGAGCAGCAUUAGCGAUACCAGUGGUGUAGUGGUGUUUUCUACCCUUAACAUUGACUCUCUCCAACUUGCCAUGAGCAACCAAGACCAAUCCUGCAUUCCUCUACUUCCACUAGGAUUCAUCAUACAUCCCAUGGGAGCACUACUUGUAAAUGACUACUCUAUCACUGGUGAAGUCAAUGGUGUGCCUAAUUCAGGCUUUGAAAGCUUGCCAGGACAAGGUUGUUUACUAACUGUCGGGCUACAAGUUUUGGUUAGCACCAACCCAACUGAAAAGCUUGAGUACUCUGACAUUAUCGCGAUCAGCAAGCCCUUGUGCGACAUAGUCCACAAAAUUAAUACUAACAGUGAUAGAGGAGGAGAUGAUGGUGCUGGUUGUGCUAAUAAUGGCGGUAAUGUGGGCGUUUCUACUAAGCCGGUGGCACAAGAUGAGCCAUCCUUGCAACAAGAUUAG